AUGAAGGAUGUAGUGAAGAAAAAUAUUGUAAGCUAUGCUACUUUAUCUGAAGAUUCUAGUGCCGAAACAACUGCGCUAGCCAACCAUGUAAAUUAUGGCAACUUCGAAGACGAAGUCGAAAGCGAAGCAUGUGAUGCUGCUGGUAAACAGACCCAAGACAAAGAUUUGGAGUCAAAUAUAGAUGCAUACGAAGACACUUAUCUCAACGACAGUGCUCCGAGUGAAUUUGAGAAACCACAGUUCUGUCCUGGUUGUAAAAAAAAUUCGAUUUACAUAAAUUCGCUCGCGACUCGGUUAGAAGAACUUGAACAAAAGCUAAAACCGAAAUCUGAAUAUACCGGUGUAUUAACAUACAACGAUCUACAGGCAAAGUUGUUAUCCGUUACAGAGGAAAGGGACAGUCUGUUAACAACCCUAAAAUUACUUGCGAAGGAAAACACUUCAAGACCGCAUAGUGGCGACUAUAAAAACGGAAAAGAUGGCCGAAGCGACAUCAUCAAGGGCAAAGGCAAAGCAAGUAAAGGUAAAAAGGGCAAUGUCGACAUGGGAGAACCGCAACAUGGAAACAUCGAAAAUUCAAAGCUUCCCACUCCGAAU